CCCCGACCGAAUGCCUCCCUCCCUCCCGUUUCUUCUCGUUAUUUCUCAACCCACGUAUCAUAAAGCAUUCUUGUCACGUUCGUAUUCAUCAAAAGUCAUUCGAAGCUUAAUUGGUAAAUCCAAUUCCAACAUCCGCAUCAUUAUUCAAGCCAGAUAUCUUAAGUUAUCAAACCAAACCAACAUCAAUCGCAAUGGGUCCCAAGAAGGCAGACGGAGCUCCCAAGCCCAAGAGCACUCAUGCUUCUUACCAGGACAUGAUCACUGAUGCUAUUGUUCAUCUCAAGGAGAGAAAUGGUUCCAGCCGUCAACAAUUGAAGAAAUAUGUGAAGGCCAACAACACCAUCAACGUCACAGACAAGAUGUUCGACUCAUUGUUUAACAAGGCCUUGAAGGCCGGUGUCGACAAGGGCAUCUUCGAGCAGCCCAAGGGUCCUUCUGGCGGUACCAAGCUCUCCAAGAAGUCCAAGCCUGCUGCCACUAAGCCUGCCGCCAAGAAGGAAGGUGACAAGGAAGCCCCCAAGAAGGCUGCUCCCAAGAAAGAGCCUGCUAAGAAGGCUGCCGCACCAAAGAAGGCAGCUGCACCCAAGAAGGAGGCCACUGAGAAGAAGCCUGCCGCGAAGAAGGCUGCUACUGCCGCCGCCCCCAAGAAAGCCCCUGCUACUAAGAAGGCCGCUCCCAAGAAGGAUGCCCCCGCUGCCGAGGAGAAACCUGCUGCAUUGACGAAGACAAAGUCUGGAAGAGUGGCGAAGACCGCGUCCAAGCCAGCUACGAAGAAGGCAGCACCCAAGAAGGCCGCAGCACCUAAGAAGGAGAAGACACCAAAGAAAGAAGCGAAAGCUGAAGCAGCUUCGUAGAUGUUCUGAUUCAUGAUUUGUGUGUUCUUCGGCUUGCGUGUUGGGGUUUGGCGGGUCUACUGGCGUUCGGGAAACUGGGUACAGAGUUACGCGUGCGCUCGUUCAAUGCGCAGUGGAAUUAGGUCUUGCUUUUCGGUCAUGCUUUCGGCAGGGUUUGGUUGGGACUUUGUCAAGGGGACGGUAAUGGCCCUGGUGCGUUUCGAAUGUUGUCCAACAUCAUACCCUCUGCGAUGCUAGCUACCGUUCGUGUGCAUAUGUUACGGCCCCUCGCGGAAUCACGGUUUCGGUUGGAUUGCACAUAUUCCCAGUCUAUGGCAUCUAUUAUAGGGAGGGUUAAAAGGACUGACGACGUGAUGAGUAAAAUUUUUUUGACCUUUUUUUUUAUUUUUUAAAGUACGGCCCUACGCGAGCUACGGGGA